GCAAAGUGUAUAUCCUCGUUAGUCGUUAUCAUCACUCUAUCCUUUAAUUAAUCCUUCCCUUUCUCACUUUGGAAGCUACAACAAUGGCGCAUUCCCAGUUUUUGUUCAUUUCGAAUCGUCUCGAUUUAAUUUCACUUCAAUAAACCUAAUUUUAAUUCACGAAACAAUCAAAAUCACCCUUCUUUUUAAAAUUCAAUUAGGGUUUUUGACCAAGUAAUCAAGAACACCAAAAAUGGCGGAAGUGUUGAUUUCAUCGUCGUCAUCAGAGGUUAGAGAAAUAUGGAAGGAAAACAAAGGAGGAGGUUGGGCUGCAGUUGCUGCUAUCUCUUUCAUUUUCAUCUGGCAAAUUUUCAAGUACUUUUUUCCGAUUUUACGAUGUUUUGUUGCUCGGUUUCGACGCACUUCUCCUUCUCUUUCUCCUCCUAUUUCUCUCUCCUCCGAUGACGCUUCUCUCGCCUCUUCCCGAAUAUCAGACCUUGUACCAGAUGGUGAUUUGAAAAGUUUGAUUGACAAUUUGGAUGAGAAAGAAAAUGAGACUGGAAAUGGAAAAUGGGAAAAUGUCAUUGAGAAAAGCAAGACUUCUCUGUCCUACGAGGCAAAGUGCUGUAAACCAAAGGAUGGCCCUCUCAAGUAUUUGAGUGUGACUGUUUUUGAAAAUUGCUCCGCUGAAACUUUAAGAGACUUCUAUAUGGACUGCGAUUAUAGGAAGCAGUGGGACAAAACGGUGGUUGCUCAUGAGCAAUUGCAGAUUAAUAAAGAAAGUGGAACUGAGAUUGGGAGGACCAUAAAGAAAUUUCCGCUUUUGACGCCUAGAGAAUAUAUUUUGGCGUGGAAGAUCUGGGAAGGCAGCAACAAGACAUAUUACUGCUUUACAAAGGAAUGUGAACAUCCAUUGGCACCGUUACAGAAGAAGUAUGUACGUGUUGCAUUUUUCAGAUCUGGGUGGAGAAUACGUCAAGUACCUGGGAGAAAUGCAUGUGAAAUCAAAAUGGUGCAUCAAGAAGAUGCUGGUUUGAAUGUGGAGUUUGCGAAAUUGGCAUUUGCAAAAGGAAUAUGGAGUUAUGUGUGUAAAAUGGAAGAUGCUCUGCGCAAGUAUUCUUCAAUCCGCCCUCUGCAGUCAAGUUCAAUGACUGCUGUUUCUCUCAUUCAGAAGGUCCCUCUUGAGCUAAAUGCCAUAAUCGGAGCUGCAGCUUCGGAUGUAGCUACCAGCUCUGGUUCUAGCAAUGGCACCAACGGUCAUAAAAAUGGAGCUAAUUCGCAAAAACUUAAGAGGAAGCCUUCAAAGAAAAUGAUAGCUAAUGGUUUGCUUCUUCUUGGAGGCAUUGUAUGUUUAUCCCACGGCAAUCCGGGUGUAGGUGCCAAAGUUGCCAUUGCCUUUGUUUUGAAGAAGUUAAGUAAACGGGGCUCAUCAUGUCGUCAGAACCAGCAGAGUUAAUUUACAAGUUUAUACACCAUACAAUCUGAUAGCUUUUCCAGAUAUGCAGACAUUGGUCUCCUGAAUUGGGUUUCUCAUCUGUACCUCAUAUUCCAGAAGGGACUGGAAGAAGAUAGCGAAAAGACUGUGCUCUCCCUCAAGCUUGGAGUUGUAUAUAUGUGAGUACAUCUAUAUAAUAUUUCGGUUGCAAGUUAACUCACACGUGUAUAUGCAACUUUACCUUGUGCUCAAUCUGAUGACAUACGAAGUCUUUCUUCUUUCAUUGUUUAUUUUGAUAUGUAACAGAGAUGAGGAUCCAUAUUUUUUGACAAGUUUGUUGUAUAGUUUUUUUUUUUGGUCAACUGAAGUAGAUGUAAUAUUUGUAACAGUUGACUGUGCACUAUUGAUGUAAUAAUGUUGCAUAGAAUUACAUUUUCCUUCUAUUUCAUUGAAGUUGAUGUAAUCAAUGGAAGUUUUGUUCUCUA